UCCCUCCCUCCUCCCCUCCCUCCUGCUCGCUGCAGUCCGCAGUGAGUCCACCGGUCGCCCGUCAGAGUGCAGCACACACCGAGUCUCCAUCCCUCUCCUCCCUGCGCUCCUCCGGCAGGUGGAUCGGACGCACACGCGCACACACACACACACACGGGACAGGGACGAUGACUUUCAUCCCAGUCUUGGCAGUUCUGGCCCUGGUGGUUUCAGCUGAAGGAAGCGUUGGGCCGAGUACCAACAACAGCUUUUGCACAGAGUCCAAGGAAUGUCUGCAGUAUGAGCUAGUCUGCAAAACAGAUGAGUAUGAGGUGCGACACUACAGCCCAACACGCUGGGUGUCCACAGAUGCCGAAGCCUAUUUCAUGGGAGUGGGCGCAGCCAUGGCCUUCAGGAGACUUUUCCAGUACAUCACCGGAGCUAACGACCGUGGCAUCCAGAUGGAGAUGACCGCCCCCGUCCUGGUCAAGAUCCCAGAGGAGACCAAGAUGUGGGAGCCGGCCAUCUACACGCUGAACUUCCCGCUGCCGGCGGCCUAUCAGGACAAAGCGCCUGCACCCACCAGUGACAAGCUUUAUUUCACAGAUAUGCCGGAGAUGGACGUGUACGUGAGGAGCUACGGCGGCUGGAUGCUGUCGGUCACCUCCAGGCUUCACACCCACCUGCUGACCAAAGAACUGCAGAGAGUUCGAGCUUCCUACAACCACAGCUUCCACUACGGAGUCGGCUACGACAGUCCCCUGAAGCUGUUGAACAGGCACAACGAGGUGUGGUACGUGGCCGACGGGGAGCCAGUGUGCACAGACCCAAGGGAGCCGACCCCUGCUCACACACCCAGGCCGACACACACUCUGACCGACUCACCCACGGUCGCCCCCUCCGACCCGCUCCCACACACACUCUCGGACUCACCCUCCCUCCCUCCCUCCAACGUGUCCUCGGCGUACACGACGUCCAACUCGUCUCCGCCGACGCCGUCCGACACGCCCGCCGCCCCCACCUCGUCCAGCGCUCCCCCCAGCCCCUCGUCCCGCCUGCCCACCGAGGUCGCCGUCAGCCAUCCUCCCACCACCACGGCCCAGAUCCCGCUCGACCCGACGGCCAACACCUCCGGCCCUGUCGCCGCGGGCCCGUCUCUGGAGCCCCAGUCCGACGCCGCCCUGUGGAACGGCACGGCCCACAGCACCGUGGACACGCAGACUGACAGUCACCCCGUGGUCGAGCCCGACGACGUUCAUUAACGGCCCUCCCGUGUCCCGCGUGCAGCCACUCCAGGUGCCGUACAACCGACACGGAGUGAACGUCAGAAAAGGAACAGUGUGAGGUGUGGCAAGAGAGUUGAGUGAGUGUCAACACGCUGGUCUCGUCCCACUUAUCUCCCACAUCCCGUGUAUUACAGCAACUCCUCUUUAUGGCACUUAAGCGUUUCCGUAUAUAUGUUUAAAUCACAGCUUUGCACCUGCAGCUUCCUGUAACCGCAAACACACACGCCUGUGCACUUUGUCGACCUGAGGUCAUCGUACAGCGGCUUUUAGAAUAAAAUGAGACGUAUGCACUAGUUAGAAAGUUCAAAGUUACUGUGUUAAAUAUGAAGGCGGAGAGAGAGUUUUAACCCCAAGAGCUAAUUUAUCAAACAAUAGGACUUUAAUGGAAACCUGUGUGUGACUGAUGAAUCAAAUGUAAACUGGGAUUAACCACGUUAGGUCAUCAUAUCAGAGGAAACUUUAGCUUUACUGUGUUUUGUGCUAUUGCUGAUUAUUAUUAUUGAGCUUCUACGCUCCACAUUUAGCUUCUUGUCAGUUACUUCUCAUGUUAUGUGGCAACAUAUUGGUAAAUCAUUAUGAAUUCAGUAUAUGCGCAUUCACUGGGAUCUUUGGUGCAGCCUUUAACCGACGUACUAAUAUUGUACGGCUGUGUUUAUUGGCAUAUCUUCUUACAUUUCCCAAAUUACACUUAUUCUUAAUCUUAAAUUGACCCUGGUCAAAGAUCAGCAGAAAACAGCAAUGAAUAUUUUAGCAUCAUAUGUAUAUAUAUAUAUAUACAUAUAUAUAUAGUCUACAUCAAUUCUGCCUGAUCAAUUUUUUCCCUUGGAGACUCUGAGUUUUAAUUUAUUCUUAAAAAUGAAUCCGAAUCACUUCCUUAUAAUAUAAUCUGCCAAAUGCUUGAUGAGCCGCCAUGUAGUCAAAUGCCGAAGGCACAGUCGAAGCCCCUGACUCCGAUCUGAUUGUGGGUUGGACUGUCCCCAAGAUCCCAAACAAUCACAGCUGUUCGAACCAGUGCAAUAAGCGUCGCAUCAGUUAAAACAAAUUCUCUACAAACUGCUGCAUAAGCUUCCCACACACACACUGUAUGUUCUGAGGAAGGUGCAAUAAAAAAAACCUCAACAAA